UCUUGUUUGUUAUUUGUUGUUGAUGUUAUUUGUUUUAUUUGCAGAAACAGAAAUGUCUGUAAAUGAUGAAAGUCCACAAGAAGUACCUGGAGAAAUUAUUCCUCUGUCUUUCAGGCCACCUUUGAAGAAGAAACUCAUGAAAAAGAUGGUCAGGAUGGAAGAGGAACGGAAAAAGAUGAAAAUGAUGGUGCCAGAGAACACUAUUGAAACAGUAGAAAUCAGUGAUUCCGAAAAUUCUGAUGUAGAAAUAAUUGAAGAGAAGAUAUCUCCAAGUAUGGACGUCAGUACGGAACCUGGUAGAUUUGGCAAGAAAAAUCUCACUGAUAUUAAUCCCUUCAACUAUGACGAUGUUAAUCUCAAGAUGUUUAGUGCAACUGGUACUUUUGGAGGAAGAUUAUCAGAGAAACUGCUCAAACAGAGCAAAAAGAAUCUGAAAAACAAAUUUAAGAAAUCUAAAGGAAAAAUGGUUUGAAAAUGCAAUCGAUACUUUCAAAGAAAUUUUUACCGAUUGUCUGUACACUUUGUUUUAAUAAAUGAUAAAGAAAGUUUUAAAA